CCCUGAUAGUUGUCAGCUCGUAUGGAGCAACAAGAGGAGAGGUUUGUCACAGUCCCCUGGUAUCCAGUCUACUGCAAUCGUCCUUCAAAAGUUCCUCACAGUUGUCUGGCAGCCAUGGGCCAGGCUUUGCCAAGUUGAACCGGAGAGAAGGAGCUGGAGGUUGGUCUCCUCUGAGCUCAGACAGAUAUCAGUGGUUGGAGGUCGACCUGGGUGGACGGACACAAAUCACUGCUGUUGCUACGCAAGGCCGCUAUGGCAGCUCUGAUUGGCAGACAGCCUACCUGCUGAUGUUCAGCGACACAGGACACAACUGGAAACAGUAUCGUCAGGAAGACAGCAUAGGGGCCUUUCCAGGUAACAGUAACGCUGACAGUGUGGUCCAGCACAAGCUCCAGCACCCAGUGAUCGCUCGCUACGUCCGCCUGAUCCCCCUCGACUGGAAUCCUAAUGGUCGGAUUGGACUCAGACUGGAGACCUAUGGAUGUCCUUACAACUCUGACGUGGUGAGCUUCGAUGGCCGCAGCAGCCUUCUCUACAGGUUGAGUCCCAGGCCGAGGCAAAUGACCAGGGAGAGCAUCUCUCUGAACUUUAAAACCCUGAGGAAUUCUGGGAUACUGCUUCACGCAGAGGGACAGAGCGAGCACAGCCUCACCCUAGAGUUAGAGAGCGGAAAGCUUCUCUUGGUCCUCCGAAAAGGCAGGAGUUUUUCUCCCGACAGCCAGCAUCUUGUGUCUCUGGGCAGCUUGUUAGAUGACCAACACUGGCACCACAUCGCAGUGGAGCAUCACAGCUCUCACCUCAACCUCACUGUGGACAAAAGCACACUAUGGGUGCAGAUUCCACCAAGGUUCACCCACUGGGACCAUGACCAGAUGAGUGUGGGAGCAGACCAGGGACAUGGCUCUCGGAGGUCAGUCAGCCCACACAGAAAUUUCCACGGCUGUUUGGAAAAUCUUGUUUACAACGCUUUGAACCUGGUAGACCUCGCUAAACAAAACGACCACCGGGUCACUGUCAAGUCAACACAUAUUGAUUCCAUUCCUUGUCUUCCAGGCAGGAGUUUUUCUCCCGACAGCCAGCAUCUUGUGUCUCUGGGCAGCUUGUUAGAUGACCAACACUGGCACCACAUCGCAGUGGAGCAUCACAGCUCUCACCUCAACCUCACUGUGGACAAAAGCACACUAUGGGUGCAGAUUCCACCAAGGUUCACCCACUGGGACCAUGACCAGAUGAGUGUGGGAGCAGACCAGGGACAUGGCUCUCGGAGGUCAGUCAGCCCACACAGAAAUUUCCACGGCUGUUUGGAAAAUCUUGUUUACAACGCUUUGAACCUGGUAGACCUCGCUAAACAAAACGACCACCGGGUCACUGUCAAGGGUAAUGUGACCUUUUCUUGUGCUGAACCCGUUUUUGUUGCAAUGACAUUCACCAGCCCCCAGAGCUUCCUCUGGUUGCCAGGGGUGACAGAGCCGUCAUCACUGGGCACGUCGGUGGGGCUUCAGUUUCGGACGUGGAACAAGGCGGGGCUGCUGCUGACCUUUGAUCUCCCAAAGCAAGGGGUUGUGGUCUGGCUGUACCUGAGCAAAGCUAGGCUUCAUCUACAGAUCCACAAGUCUGGGAAGGCGCUCCUAGAGCUCAGUGCAGGUUCAGCUCUGAAUGACGGUCAGUGGCACUCUGUGGAGCUGAUCUCCAGACGAGGACAAGUGACUGUUGCUGUGGACGGAGAUGAAGGAGCAUCUGCUCACGCCAGCCCCUCAUUUCUUGUUUCCACAGGAAGUCAACUUUUCUUUGGUGGUUGCCCUGCGGAAGGGAGCAGCCAGGAAUGUAUGAACCCCUUCAAGACUUUCCAGGGCUGCAUGCGUCUCCUGACUGUGGACAACCAACCGGUGGACUUGAUCAUGGUGCAGCAGAGGCUGAUAGGAAACUACAGCCACCUUCAGAUUGACAUGUGUGGCAUCAUCGAUAGGUGUUCUCCGAGUCAUUGUGAACAUGGAGGCAGCUGCAGUCAGUCAUGGAGCACCUUCCACUGUAACUGCUCCAGCACCGGCUACAGCGGAGCCACCUGUCAAAGCUCGAUAUACGAGCAGUCCUGUGAGGCGUACAAACACAAAGGCAACACGUCAGGGUAUUAUAACAUUGACGUGGAUGGCAGCGGACCCAUCAGACCACAGCUAAUAUACUGCAACAUGACAGAUGACAUAACAUGGAUGGUGAUCCAACACAAUAACACAGAACUGACCAGAGUCAGACCGUCGCCAGGAAAGGAUCAGCACUCAGCUUACUUUGAAUAUGCAUCUGAGGAGGAGCAGCUGGCGGCCAUCAUUAGUCAUUCAGAGCACUGCGAACAGGAAGUGACUUACCACUGCAGGAAGUCACGCCUACUCAACACACCGGACGGCCCUCCACUCAGCUGCAGAUCACUGGCCAACACCUGGCCUGUCUACAGGUGGAACAAGUGGAGAACAAGCUGCAGGGAGAGACAGAAGACAGAAUCCUCCACUGAGGUCCUCUUCUCCUUUGACGUGGGUAACGGUCCGCUGGAGGUUCGUGUGAAGGCUGACUUCCCGCUGAACGAUAACAGGUGGCAUCGCAUUCGAGCUGAGCGUAACGUUAAAGAGGCAUCACUUCGCCUUGACGAGCUCCCUGCUGCCACGCAGGAGGCUCCUGCUGAUGGCCACAUCCACCUGCAGCUGAACAGCCAGUUAUUUAUAGGAGGCACGGCGUCCAGGCAGAAGGGCUUUCGGGGUUGUAUUCGCUCUCUACAGCUCAAUGGCAUCACCCUGGACCUGGAGGAGAGAGCGAAGAUCACUCCCGGGGUUCAGGCAGGAUGUCCAGGCCACUGCAGCAGCUAUGGCUCACUCUGCCAGAACCAGGGUCUCUGUGUGGAGAGACCCAACAGCUUUUCCUGCGACUGCGGCCCUUCUGCUUACACUGGAGCCUUCUGCGACAGAGAGGUUUCAGCCAGCUUCAAGUCAGGAACAUCCGUAAGCUACACCUUGAAGGAGCCGGCGUUGAACGAGCUGAACAGGAACAGCAGCGCCCUGCCCUCAUCCAUCUACUCUGACAUGACCCUGAGAGCAGAAAACAUCUCCUUGAGGUUCAGGACCAGCCAGAGUCCCGCUCUGCUCCUCUACGUCAGCUCCUACCACAGAGAGUACCUGGCCCUGCUGCUUAACAAGCAUGACAAGCUGGAGGUGAGAUACAGACUGGACAGCAGCAAAGAUGCUGACAUCCUGAGGAGCAAAGUGACGAACCUUGCCAAUGGACAGCUACAUGCUGUUACCAUCAGCAGACUUGCAGACACAGUCUCUGUGCAGAUUGACCAGAACAACAAAGAGGACUUUAACCUGACAUUUGAUGUAGAAUUCAAUGGCAUCAGAUCAUUAGUUCUUGGCAGAGUGCUUGACUCUGGUGAGUUGGAUCCGGAGUUGUCUCUGCUUGCCUCCCUGGGUUUCACAGGGUGUCUGUCUGCUGUCCUCUUUAACUCCAUCAGCCCUUUGAAAGCUGCUCUGCUCAGCCCAGCCACAAGCCCAGUCGUCGUUACUGGCCCACUGGUCCAGUCCAUUUGUGGCUCCACCUCAGCCAAUCCCUAUGCAGCAGAAACCACACACCACAUAUCAGGCCAGUCUGGAUCAGUGGGAACAGGUCAGCCUUUGGUGAAUGCCAUCAGGAGUGACUCAGUUCUAAUUGGAGGUACUGUAGCAGCAAUAUUUUUUUCACUGUCACAUGGCCAUCAUUAUCAAUCAUGAGAUGGUGUGAUUUAUAAAAGCUCAGUUAUGAUACAGUUGCUUCUGCUCCUACCAGGUCUUUUUACACCUCA